UCCUAAUCUGACGUCGAGUCAAACGAGUUCGAUGUAAACAUGGUGAAAGAGAGAUGAGAGAAACGCCAAAAUGGUCUUCGAAAGCGUGGUGGUAGACGUCCUCAACCGAUUUCUAGGGGACUACGUGGUCAACCUUGACAGCUCACAACUAAAGCUUGGCAUAUGGGGAGGUGAUGCUGUUCUUAGAAAUCUGGAAAUAAAGGAAAAUGCUUUGAGCCAGUUAGACAUUCCCUUUAAAGUGAGAGCUGGUCAUAUAGGACGCCUGGAGCUAAAGAUCCCAUGGAAGAACCUCUACAACCAGUCAGUGGAGGCCACGCUGGAUGGUGUCUAUCUGCUUAUAGUUCCCACAGCAAGUAUAAAGUAUGAUGCAGAAAAAGAGGAGAAGCAGCUCCAGGAGGCUCGUCAGAGGGAGCUACAGCGGAUAGAGGAGACAAAGCUGAAGGCCGCUGAGCGAGAGAACCCCAAGCAAGAGAAGCAGGACACAUUUAUGGAAAAGCUUGUUACUCAGGUCAUCAAAAACCUGCAAGUGAAGAUCUCGAACAUCCACGUGCGCUAUGAAGAUGUUGUCACCAAUCCAAGCUGCCCUUUGUCAUUUGGAGUCUCACUUAAAAACCUCAGCCUUCAGACAGCUGAUGAGAACUGGAAACCCAGUCUUUUGGAUGAAAAUUCCAGGCUUUUCUUCAAGUUGGUAAAACUAGACAACUUGUUCGCCUACUGGAAUGUCAGCUCAGUGCUCUUCUCCAAUCACAGCCCAGAUGAGGCCCUGCGAUGUCUCCAGAGCAGCAUGGAAAUAAACCGUAAUCAUCUUGUCAGCCACGACUUCAUUUUUCGUCCCAUCUCAGCCGAUGCUAAACUGCGGAUGAAUCCCAGAUCAGAUGUCGAUUUCUCCUCUCCUAAAGUGGACCUGAUGGUCAAUCUCAGGGAGGUGGCCAUUGAACUCAACAGAUCCCAGUACAUUAGCAUCUUGGAGCUGCUGGGCUCCGUGGAUAUGAUGUCAAGGAACCUGCCAUACAGGAAAUACAGACCCAUGGUCCAAGUUCACAAGAAUGCCCGCCUAUGGUGGAAGUACGUGAUCACAGGCGUCCUGGAGGUAGAUGUGAAGCCACGGCUCCACAUGUGGUCAUGGCAGCACAUCCGCAGGCACCGGGAUAUGGUGAAAUGCUACAGAGAGCUCUACAAGACAAAGAUCACCAGCAAGAAACCCAGCGAUGAGCUUCUCAAGCAGCUAGAGAAAACUGAGAAGACCUUGGAUAUUUUUAACAUCACACUGGCAAGACAGCAGGCUGAGGUGGAGGCAAGCAAGGCAGGUCUACGCAUUUACCGUCCAGGGCUAAAAAUGGAGGAAGAGGAGUCUCAGGGUUGGUUGAGCUGGAUGUGGAACUGGGGAGGAGAGCCAGAAGCACAAACAAAAGAGGCCAAGACCGGAGGUUUUGAUGAGCUGUUAACCCCUGCUGAGAAAGCCAAACUCUACACUGCCAUUGGAUACAGCGACACUGCUGUAAAUCCCAACCUGCCAAAGAACUUUGAGGACAUGAAGGUGAAUUUUCACAUGGAGAGGCUGUCUGUGUCCAUUAAAGACAACAAGGACAAAAAUGAGAUCAUCAAGCUGACUGUGGGAGAGCUCAAGUCCACGCUCACGCAGAGACCGGGAGCGCAAGCCAUCAAGGUCACAGCCCAGCUCAGUCUGUUCGAGGUCACCGGGCAGGCCAGCAACCGACCAGCACCGACCGUCCUUUCAUCAAGAAAGGCAGCCACAGGAACGGGGACCCCGCUGCUUUGCAUCCUGUUUGAGACCAACCCGCUGGAUGAGAGUGCUAACCAGCGGCUUCACGUUGAAUCGCAACCCUUGGAGAUCAUCUACGAUGCUCUAACGGUGAACAGCAUGUCAGCAUUCUUCAUGCCUCCUGACGACCUGCAGCUGGAUGAGCUCACCAAUGCGACCCUGAUGAAACUGGAGCAGUUUAGAGACCGCACAGCCACUGGUUUAAUGUAUGUGAUUGAAACACAGAAAGUUCUCGACCUGAAGGUGGACCUGAUGGCCUCCUACGUCAUCAUUCCACAGAGUGGCUUCUACAAUGGCACUCAGAACAUCAUGUUGCUGGAUCUUGGUCAUUUCCAGAUGUCCAGUCAAAGCAGGAAGCAUCUGCCUCAGCUGUCCGUGUGCACCAGCAACAUCGAAGACAUCAUGUCCAGAGCUUACGACAGCUAUGACAUACAUCUUAGCAGCCUGCAGUUCCUUUACAGUAAACCAGAUCAUGACUGGAAGAAGGCCCGGAAACAGAAACUGUCACCACUCCACAUCCUUGAACCAGUGGAUCUAAAAGUGGUUUUCAGCAGGGCGAUGGUUGUCUCAGACUCCCGCAUGGCAAAGUAUAAGAUGUCUGGAGAGCUUCCUCUGUUGUCCCUUCGCAUUUCCGAUAAUAAACUUCGAAGUGUUUUGGAGCUGGUAGAUAGUAUCCCCCUGCCUGAGAGCAGACCUGCUGCACGAGGCCAGUCCUCUGGAAAGGGAAAACAGUCGUUCACCCCUCAGCUCACCCCCAGAAGACCUCUGAACUUAGCUGACCAGCGCUCCUCUCUCAUGUUCGAGUCAUGUGAGACCAUCAGCAUCACCUCACUGGGGUCAGAGGAAGAUCUGUUCUACGACGCCCCCAGCUCUCCCAUUGGCGACAAGCCGUUCUUCCCAGACAAUCCCAUGCUGCUGCGCUACGCAGAUUUGAGCAAAAGAAAAAGUUUCUUCAAGGAAGACGCUAAGAAGAACAUGACUGAGUUCAUCAUGAAGUUUGAGAUAAGUGAGUUUUCUGUUCAGUUGUGUCGUCUCUCUGGACAGAAGGAAGUCACAGUGCUCCACUUGGACAUAGAGGGCCUGGGCACUGAGCUUAAAAUACGCACCUUUGACAUGACAUCCAACACCUACCUGCGAGAGAUCUGCCUCAAGUGUCCAGAAUACAUGGAUUCUGAAGACAAGCAAGUUCAGCUCAUCACCACUCUAGACAACACAGAGGUUGACCUGCUCACUCUGGAGUACAUCAAAGCUGAUAAGAACGGUCCUGAGUUCAGGUCUCAACACAACAAUACAGAGCAGCUCAUCAAGGUGACCUUCUCAUCCCUGGAUGUUCAUCUCCACACGGAGGCCCUCCUCAACGCCAUGAACUUCCUCAACAACCUCCAGCCUCCGUCGACUAAGAAGGAAGGAGGGCAGGACGAGCUCCCCACCAUCCCCGAGGAGGAUGAGGGAGAGAGGGAGGAAGAAAAGAAGGAGGAAACCACUGUGACCAGAAAAAAAUCUACAAAAAAAUCGAAGUAUGCAGACGUGGUUAAUCUGCACAUCAGAGCUGAUCUCCGCUGCCUGAAAGUUUUCAUUCGGGGGCAGAAAGCCAGGAUCUCAGAGAUCAGUAUUGAAGGUCUGGUUUCUGAGGUCCUGAUGAGGAAGAAGGAGACGGAAAUUCUGGCCAAUUUAAAGAACAUUGUGAUCCUGGACUGCAACAAAGACGCUUUUUACAAGAAGGCUGUUUCUAUAGCAGAUAAGGAAGUGUUUGCGUUCCGCAUGGUUAACUACACAGAUGCAACAGAAGGAGACGCCUAUCUGGACAUGUCUAACGUUGACACCUGUGUCUCACUGACAGUGGGAUGCAUUCAGUUCGUCUUCCUCAACAAGUUCGUCUCCUCCAUACUGGAAUUUAUCAAUAACUUCCAAGAGGCUAAAGAGGCGCUGGCUGAAGUCACAGUCCAGGCGGCAGAAAAAGCAGCUUCGGGCGUGAAGGAACUGGCAGAGAGGAGCACUCGGAUCGCUCUUAACGUCCACUUCAAUGCACCCGUCAUUUUCCUUCCUCAGUCCUCCUCUUCCUCAAACGUCAUCGUCGCUGACCUUGGUCGGCUGUCUGUCAAAAACCGUUUUUCCAAGCAGCCUUUUAAAGGCGAUGCCAAGAUCCCUCCUGUUGUGGAUAUAAUGACCGUGAGACUCACUGACCUCAAGAUGUACAGAACCACGUAUGUAAAUGAAAGUUUUCAGGGAGAGACGCAACUGUUGAUGCCAGUCAGCCUCGACCUGGAAAUCCAGAGAAAUCUUUCAUCUAACUGGUACCACAUCAUACCUGACAUAGAGAUCACUGCUCAUCUAAAGCCCAUAAGUCUUAUCCUGUGCCAGGAAGACAUGACUGUGGUGCUGAGGAUUCUGAGUGAAAACCUGUCGGAGACGUCUGACGCUGUUCCGCCUCGAGCUGCUCUGCCCUCCACAGACCGCUCCUCGGACUCUGUGUCCAUCAAAGAGUCUCAAGGCUCUGGAACCACUGGACCAGGCAGCGAUCCUGAUAAUGUUGUUGCAGGUAACACAGUGGUGACGGCUGCUGUUGUGGAGACCCAGCAAAGCGGCAAGCUAAAGAGCAAGCUCAAAUUAGACUUCAAGUUUGACUCCAUGACGCUGGUCCUCUACAGCCCAAAUGAGAAUGAGACACAGCAGUUAGACCCCCAUGAUGAGCAGCUGAAGCUGGCAGAGUUCACUCUGGGCACCAUCUCCACCUCCGUCCACAUGUUCUCCGACAGCUCCAUGAAAGCCUCCGUCUGUCUCGCUACAUGCCUUCUGGACGACAAGAGGCCAAAAAUCAAAAUGGUCACUCCGAGGAUGAUGGCGAUGCGUCCCGGUGCAGAGCAGAACAUGAUGGUGGAGGUGAACUAUCGACAGGGCCGUGAUGGUACCACUUUAGACACUGUGGUGCAGGAUGUGUACCUGUGUGCCAGCAUGGAGUUUCUGCUCACGGUGGCAGAUAUCUUCCUCAAGGCCAGCCAGCAGGGAUUCAAUCAGGUGCCACAGCACAAGAACUCCGGUGCAGGAGAUAAAAAGAACAUUAACUCCUCUGUCACAUCCAAAGAGUCCACCACAGCUCCCCCCGUGGUGUCAAAGACAGUGAUGAAUGUUGUGGUGCUUAACCCGGAGAUUGUGUUUGUGGCUGACCUGACGCGUGCUGACGCCCCGGCUCUGGUCAUGACCACACAGUGUGAACUGUCCAUGGAAAGCGGGGCAGAGCGAUCAAAGAUGACGGCUGUUAUUAAGGACCUCAAGGUAGUGGCAUGUCCCUUCUUAAGAGAGAAGAGGAAAAACAAUGUGACCACAGUGCUGCAGCCGUGUGAGGUGUCCUUCAAGAGCACUCAGUCCACAAACUCCCCUCAGGCUAUGGAGGUCGUCAUCAGUUCUCUCUCACUGAAGGUAUCUCCAAUCAUCAUCAACACAGUGAUAACCAUCCAGUCCGCGCUGACUCCCUCCCUGGCUGAGACCCCAGAGGUGCUGGACAGCCCCGUCGCUGUGGAUUUGUGGGAGAAACGGGGCUGGAAGGAAUUCAAAUUCUGGUUCCUAGAAGACGACAGAGAUGAAGACAUAAAGUCACUGAUCCCGUUGAUACCAAAGGGAGAAUCCUUAAAGGUGAACAUCAACUCCAUCUGUCUGACUCUGGAGGCUGGAGUGGGACACCGAACCGUCCCCAUGCUUCUGGCCAAGUCCUCCUUCCAUGGAGAUGUGACAGACUGGACCACGCUCAUUAACCUCCACAGUGAGCUCAAACUGGAGGUUCACUAUUACAAUGAGGUGAUGGGUGUUUGGGAGCCACUGCUGGAGCCUUUAGAAGAUGAGACCAGAGAUGGUUUCAGAUCCUGGAGACUGGGACUGAAGAUGAAGAAGAAGCCAGUGAAGUUCACAGGUGUGUCAGAUGAAGUGGAUUGUAAUGUCCCGGAUUAUAAGACAGUAAUUGUGAUCAGCAGUAAAGACCAGCUCAACAUCACCCUCUCCAAAUGUGGACUGGCCAUGCUGAGUAACCUGGGCACGGCGUUUGCUGAAGCUGCCAAACAGACGGCAGAGUGUUUCCAAAAGGAUGAAGCUCCGUUUGUAGUGAAAAACCGUCUGGGCCUGGCGAUAUCGGUCCGCCACAGUGACAUGUUCUGUCCCAUCGGAAAGCAGAGCACCGACCACCGUGUGAUGCUGGAGAACGGUGAAACCCUCGGGAUGGACUAUUUAACCACGACAAACUCUGAUCAGUUCUCAGCUAUGACCUCACUGAGUGGAAAGGACUACUACAUAGAGCCCACUCCGGUGGGCCACACUUCCGCCAGUGUGAUCCCCCUGAUCAAAGUGGGCAGGGGGAUGUACAGCGUAAUGCACAAGCAGUCGGGAGUCACUCGUUUCCUGGUCUGUCAGAUUUACUCAGUGGAGGGCAGCAAGUACGUCAAGAUCCGCUCUCCGUUCCAGAUCAUCAAUCAUUUCUCGAUACCAUUCAAAGUUUUUGAAGGGUCAACAUGUCUGGGCACAGCUCUCCCCACUGAGGAGUUCUGUGUGCCUCUGGACUCAUAUAGGUCUGAGCUGAGCCUUCAGCCAAUAACAGGGGACGAAGCAGACGAUCAGGGAGACCAGUUCGAGUGCUCAGAGGGCUUCAGCUAUGAGGACAUCAGCAAAGAGCAACCAGAAACACCACUCCACCAGACGUGCCGUCGCCGUGGAGAUCAGGGCGGUGUGAUGACGGUCAACAUCGUUCCAUUAAAGGAUGCGGUGACAUUCAAACACACUGGAGAUGCCGGGGAGAACUUUGAUGUCCCCUUUGUGCUUCACCUGUGGCCUUCAGUUCUGAUACGCAACCUGCUGCCUUACCCCAUCGCCUACAAACUGAAGAACAGUGGAGUCUCUGUCCCCGAGGCUACUCUGGACCCAGGACACUCGGCCCAACUUCACACCGCAGUCAUCAACCAGUCAAGCCUCGAUCUCCGCCUGCUGGACUACUUGGCUCAGGAUUGGUCUGCUGAAUACAGCCUCUGCAGUGACCAGGAAGAGAUCACCUUCAUCGUGUUCCAGUCUCAACGAGAGGAUGAAGAAGACGACGGAGAAGGGCCAGAGAGGAAGAGGGCUGAGUUGGAUAUAGCCGUGCAUGUUAAAUAUGAUCUGGGACAGACGGUGAUUGCUAUUCACUCACCAUACUGGAUGGUGAAUAAAACGGGCAGGCUGCUGCAGUACAAGGCUGACGACAUCCACCGUAAACACCCCCUGAAUUAUGACAUGCCCCUGCUCUUCUCCUUCAAGCCUCGCUACUUUCUGCGAAACAAUAAAAUACGUCUUAUGAUCUCAGACAGCGAACUGUCGGACGAGUUUUCCCUGGACACAGUUGGUAGCCAUGGAGAUGUGAAAUGUAAAGGCAGGUUCAAGGACUAUCUGGUUGGUGUGAAGAUUGAGGCGAGCAGUUUCAGCCUGACCCGCAUGGUGACCUUUGUGCCCUUUUACAUGCUGGUCAACAGCACAAAGCACAGUGUCUUCAUAUGCCAGGAAGGGCAAGAAAACUGGACUGAGGCGAAGCCCCUUCAGUCAGCCAUUCCCUUCUGGCCUGAGAACGACGCCAAGCAGCUGAGGAUCAAAGUAGAAGGAUGUUUAUCUGUUCCUCAGACUAUUGACUUUACUCGACCAGAAAACUGCCUGUUGCUGCAUCUGGACAACUCUAUGGGUGGGAUCAUCGUAGAUGUGAAUCUGUCAGAGCAUUCGGCCACCAUCCGAUUCUCUGAGUACCAUGAUGGCGCUGCCCCUUUCCUCAUCAUCAACCACACAAAAGACCAGACUGUUCAGUUUCAACAGAGCGUCCGGAAAGAGACCUCGUGGGUGGCUGACGAGCUGCUCGACCUCUCCUUCUCAGGGGAAGAGGAGGACAGCUCUCAGAAGGAGACGGAGCAGGAGGAGCUGGAGGCAGGGAAAGCUGUGCACUACACCUGGACUGAGCCCACGGGGUCCCGGGAGCUUUGCUGGAAGUGUGGAGAAUAUAGCGGGACGCUGAAGAAUGAGGAGGACCAGCGUAAAGACAUGAACGAUGAAGGAAAACUUUUUGUCAUCUCCUUUUAUGAAGGUCUGCAGCGCGUUGUGUUGUUCACCGAGGAUCCACAGACCUAUAGGCUGCUCUGUGAGAAUGAGAAGGCGCAGCUAGCCGAACAGGAAAUCGUCCUGUCGCUAAAGAACGUGGGCGUGUCUCUGGUCAACAACAGCAGCAGCCAAGAGGUCUCCUUUAUCGGCAUCACAAGCUCUGAUGUGGUGUGGGAAUACAAGCCCAAGAAGAAGAAUCGGUGGAAGACUCUGAAAACUAAAGAAACUGAGAUGUUGGAGGACGCGUUUAAAGAAUACAUUGAAUCAGGGCCUACGGACAUUUUAAUUGUCGACCUGGAACACAACUUCCAGGUGACCUUUACUCCCAACGCCAUGGACAUGCAGAUGAUGCAGCCAUGUGAGGCUGCUCUCCGGAGGCACUACCUGCCCGGGGUGAAGCUGGAGUACAGCGUCUCACCACGGCAGAGAGCCUACCGCGUCCAAAUCCACCGCAUACAGAUCCAGAAUCAGCUGCCGGGCGCCAUCUUCCCCUACGUUUUUUACCCCGUAAAACUGCCAAAGUCUGUCGUCAUGGACUCAGAGCCCAAACCUCUAACCGAUAUUAGCAUCAUUACCAGAGCGGCGGGGCAUUCUGACAUCUCUCGCAUCAGGUACUUCAAGGUGUUGAUUCAAGAGAUGGAUCUGAAGCUGGAUCUGGGCUUCCUGUACGCCAUCCUGGACCUGUUCACCCCCGAGGGAGCCAGCAUCACGAGCUCCGAGCAGGAGGUGGAACUGUUCGAGAAGGACGUAGAGUAUAUAAAGACUGCACUAAACCAUGUCUCUGCUGCUGACACGUCACCCAUCAGCCUCUAUGAGUACUUCCACAUCUCACCCAUCAAGCUUCACCUGAGUUUCUCUCUGAGCACGGGAGGAAAAGAUGGCCUGAAGGAGAAAAGAGACACGGAGCUCAUCCCCGUCCAGUCCCUCAACCUGUUACUGAAGAGCAUCGGGGCGACUCUCACUGAUGUGCAGGACGUCGUCUUUAAACUGGCCUACUUCGAGUUUUUCUUCCAGUUUUGUACCACUCAGCAGCUACAAUGGGAAGUCAUCAGGCAUUAUUCUAAGCAGGCUAUUAAACAGAUGUAUGUGCUUGUGCUGGGCCUGGAUGUGCUUGGAAACCCUUAUGGGCUGAUCAGAGGAUUGUCAGAGGGGGUGGAGGCUUUCUUCUAUGAGCCCUAUAAGGGAGCCAUCCAGGGUCCUGAGGAGUUUGUUGAGGGAGUGACUCUUGGAGUGAAGGCUCUGGUGGGAGGAGCAGUAGGGGGUCUGGCAGGUGCAGCAUCCAGAAUAACGGGCGCCAUGGCGAAAGGCGUCGCUGCAAUAACAAUGGAUGAGGAAUAUCAGCAGAAGAGACGAGAAGCGAUGAACAGACAACCCAGUGGUCUGAGAGAGGGUCUGACCAGGGGUGGGAAAGGAUUAGUGUCCGGAUUUGUCAGUGGGAUCACAGGGAUCGUUACCAAACCUGUUAAAGGAGCCCAGAAGGACGGUGCAGCAGGCUUCUUUAAAGGUGUCGGUAAAGGUUUGGUUGGUGCUGUAGCCAGACCUACCGGAGGCAUUAUUGACAUGGCCAGCAGCGCUUUCCAGGGCAUCAAGAGGGCGGCGGAGACUUCACAGGACGUCGAGUCCCUCCGUCCUCCUCGCUUCAUACACGAGGAUGGUGUCAUCCGACCGUACAAGGAGAGGGAGGGCUUCGGCAGUCAGAUGCUCCAGAAAAUUGAGAACGGGCGAUUUGCCAAGUACAGAUACUUUGCUCACGCCAAGGUCAAUGACUCCGACUUCCUCAUGAUCACAAAGAGGGGAAUAUUUUUUGUGACCAAAGGCACAUUUGGCCAGUUGACCUGUGAGUGGCAGUAUCUGUUUGAAGAGUUCACCAAGGAUCCAAUGAUUGUAGAGAACCGGCGACUUCGCAUUGAGGCCAAGGAGAGAGUGAAGUCAGUCUUCCAUGCUAAAGAGUUUGGAAAGAUCAUAAACUUCAAAACUCCUGAAAUAGCCAAGUGGGUUCUUGCUAAAUUGGAGGAUGCCAGAGAGAGUUUACCCAAAUACUGACUCCAACGCAAAUAAACACACACAAGGUCCAUGUGUGUCAGUGCCUUUGUUCUCUUAGUGCAUGUUCGUCUGAUUUCCCUCCACGAGUGAGUAGCGCACAAGCGAUGUCGUAUGUCAACUGUGCGCGCCGAGGGGGGGGCGCGAAAGACUCCAGCCAGUAGUUUGUACGCGUGCAUGCAAACAGACGCCGACUUAAAUCCACUUCGUUUGACACUGACCGCUUCGCUUUGAACCUGCUCUGCGUCCUUUUGCACACAUCUGGAGUUUUAAUGAUUUCUUUUAUGAAAAAAAAAAAAAGUCUUGAGUUUACAAACGUGUUGUGACAUCCGAGUCUCAAAAUGCUGGUGAAAUCGGAGGACUUUCCGUUUCCCGAGCCUUUAAGUUGCCAUGGUUCUGCUUGUUACACACACAUUACUAAUUUAAUUUCCAUUGAUCAUGAUUCAACUUGGCUGCAGAGAAGUCACUACAACAGCUACUGGUAGAAAACCACUUGAAUAACACAGAGGCCAAAUUAACCAGGGCUGCUGUAGCACAUUUAAUACUGUACACUGUUUAUUUUACUGCUUAAUGUAAAAGGGAAACACAUUGAAAUUGGUAUGGCUUUGUAUUAAAAUGUGCAUCCUCAGAUCCCCUGAUUUCUUUUACUCUAUUUUUCCUCCUUUUUAUACAUUUCUGCAAGAUAAAGACUGUUCAGUGUCAUUUAGAGACGCAUGCUAUUUUUAUACUGUACCCACAUGUAUCAAUCUGCUGUAUAGUGACCUGAUAUCCUGUAUGUACAUAUAUAUAUCCAUCCUCACCUUGAUUGUCACCUUGUGAUUUUUAGGUUUUUAUACCACACAUAUGCAAUGCCAACCAUGUCGAGACGGACUGUGCAAAGAAGAGAAUGUUUAAGAAAAAAAAGAGGAAUGUUAUAAUUAUGACGAGCUGCUGUUAAUGUAUAUUUUAAAGGUUUGGUUUGGGGGUACAAAACACUUUAAUAUGACUAAAAAUAAUAAAUAUGCCAUUAAUGUUUGUCACUUAGUAUCUGGGGGGGAACAAAAUGUUCAGAGCUUGAAUUCUUUUGUUCAUGCUGUUUUGAGAAAAAAAUAAUAAAAUAAAAUACAUGUUUCAAAUUUCA